GGGCACGACCGGGGGUUGCCAGACACGAAGUAGAAUGGCGAGAGAGCAGACGAUCCACAACAGAGGAGCGGGCCUUAAAACUGAGAUCUACGUCGCCAGGUGAAACAGCUCAAGUGUCUCCGCCAAGAGCCUUUCAGUCUGAAGAAGAACAACUUAAGAGCGUCGUGUUGCGGGCGCCGGCCAGGUCGAGAAAGACACCCAAAGGAAACGUUCGCGGGAACCAGUCAAGCCAAGAAACGUUGCUCUGCGCUAGCUAACGUUUUCCUUUUGUGAAGAAAAAAAAACGUGUUUGGAGGAAUUUUUGAAAAUGUGGGGGAUUAACAAGAGAUUGUUGCCUAUUAAGGUGCAUUACUUUUUGAGAUAUGCAGGUAGUGCUCCCCUGACGAUGCUCCUGCCGCUGAUGGUCCGGCAGAAGGGCAUCGACGCUAAGGGCAUCGGGCUGCUCUGGACAGUCAUGCCCAUCGUGGGGCUCAUCACCAACAGCAUCUCGGGCACGCUGGCCGACUACCUGAAGGCCCACAGAACUGUUUUUCUCACCAGCCUUACUUUCCUGACGGUGGGACUGACGACCACGUACUGGCUGCCUCCCGUGCCCUCCUUCGACGGGGCGGAGGCGUCCCUCGGCCACGCCGCCGUCAGCAACCUCACGUCGUCCGCGCUGGCCGAGCUCAACCUCGGCGCCCUCGACGAAGGGAGCAACGAGACGCAGCUCGCCUUGGAGGAAAUCCUCGAGAGCGACUCGCUGUUCCUGGUGGACCCCGAGAUGGUGGUCGAGGAGGGCCACGCGAUGCCGCCGGACCCCAGGGCGGCGACGACGGAGGGAACCGUCCACGACGCGUCUUCGCUCAAAUCCACCAUCUCCAAGCUCAUGCAGUUCCCUCAGUUCUGGCUCGUGUUCUUCGCCGUCAUGGUCGAGCAGAUGGGCCUCACCACCUGCGUCAUGAUCUCCGACGCCGUCUGCUUCCAGAUCCUCGGCUCCGAGCGACACAAGUACGGCCAGCAGCGUCUGUGGGGCACCGUGGGCAUGGGCAUCACAGCCAUCGUCUCGGGGGCGCUGGUGGACCUCUACUCGAGGGGCCUCCCGCAGCAAGACUUCCUGCCGAUGAUCAUCAUGAGCCUGGUGCUCAUGUCCUUGGAUCUGACUGUCGUGGCGCGCAUGGACAUCCCGCAGAACAAGAAGGAAAAGCUGAAGAUGGGCGACGUCGGCAGCGCCCUCGUCCACCCGCAGGUGCUGCUCUUCCUGUUGACCGUAUACGUCGUGGGGACUUCGCUGGGCCUUCUGUGGGUGUUCAAACUCAUGCACAUAGAAGACGUGGCUCUGGCUUGGGAUUCGGGAUUUUCCAAUCUCAAGCUGCUGCAGGGAAUUGACAUGGGAAUCGAGACCUUCGGAGGAGAAGUUCCUUUCUUCUUCAUUUCGGGCAUGGUCAUCCAGAAGCUGGGCCACACCCCCGUCAUGGCCAUCGCGCUCGCCUCCCUGGCCCUUCGCUGCUCCCUCUACUACCUGGUGGUGAAUCCCUGGUGGUUCCUGCCCAUCGAGCUCCUCAACGGCCUCAGCUACGGCCUCUUCCACACCGUCAUGGCCUCCUACGCCAGCCACAUCGCUCCUCCGGGCGCCCGCCCCUGCAGGCCAUUGUGAGGGCGUGCUUCUCCAGCGGCCUGUCCACGGCAGGGUUCCUCGGAGGAAACCUGAUGCACUCCCUGGGCGGCGCCCGCACCUUCCUCGCCGUCGGGACCUUCAACUUCGGCUUCUGCUUCGUCUUCGUCUCCCUGCAGUUUCUUAUCAUCAAGUUCUUUAGCCACAGGAAGAUAAGGGGGGACUCUGGGUACAUGUCGCCGAGUUCUUCGACGCCCUCGGCAGAAGACUCCGGCGCUGGGGUCGAGGCGCCUUCCCCCGUCAAGGAACCGCUCAUUGAGGACGCGUGAAGAGGAGGAACUCGGGUGACUUCGAUGUCAUCCUUUGGUCUCGACAAUGUUCAUCCCUUCCCGGGGCUGAGGAAUCCGCAGGGAUUUUGAGGGACUAUUUCUUACGUGGGGGAGAACGUCGUUCUUCUUUCGGCGCUGUACUGGUUAAAAAAGGACUCCUUUGCGGAUUUCCAAGGGCUUCUGCGCUAGAUCCGUCACGCUGCUCCUAAGGACUCCUCUUAAAAUCUGAAGCAACCUCCGGGUGUCCUUCCAGUCGCAGGCCCUCCGCUCAAGACUUCUUCGCAAGCCUUCUUAGUCUUUUUCCCAGUCUCAGCCUGCACGGUUACGCCAAGAGGGAAAAAAUCACAAAAAAUAGUAUCUUUAGAGCUAACUAUGGAUAAAAAGUAACAUUAAGCAACACUCGGAAAACUUUUCCUUGCAAACAUACAUGUUUAUCCACAUCAGAGAGGCACAGAGGUUGGCCAGAGUCAGAGAGGACUUUUGCAUUUUGUAAAAGACUCUGUUGCCAGCGCUGGUACUUUCUGAGAUUUAAGGAUGAACUGAUCUACCAUAAGAUCGCUAAUUUCAUUAUAUUAUAGAAAACACUAUGUAAAGUGAGAAUAAAACAAUAGUCGAAUAAAGUGGGAUACAGAGGGCAAGGGGAAUUUCUGAGGAAAAUACACUGUUGGCGAUGUACUCACACACACACAUGCACCAGCAUACUUUAUCUUUCCUCGUCAAAAGCUUCCAGAUAAAUUGACAAGAAAAGUAACACAAAAUCGUAUACGAUAAAUCCAUCGCUGAUAAAAUGUGAUGUGAUAUAAAUGAUUUAUAGUAUAGACUUAUUACGCUCAAUAUCUUUUUAAAUACUGUUCUUAUUGUAUAUUUUUUUUUACUGAAAUAUAAGGAAAAUGUUCAA